UGGUGGGAGGAAUUAACUCGUUUCCAAUGAUAAAACGUGUAGAUAUUUGAGUUAACAAUAUGUAAUAAAAGUAGAAAAAAUAGCAUAAAGAAAAAUUAUAUCGUUAUGAAUUCUACUGAAAAUAACAAGAAAACAGAGCUAUCUCCUACAAAACAGCGUACACCUCGUCAACUGCCAGGUCAAAAAAAUGUAGGUAUUUACUUUGCUCAAUCUAAGAGAACAAUUGCUAUGGCAUCAGUCUGUACUGAUUCAGCUUCGAGUGAUGAAGAUGAAGAAUCUGACGAAUCACAAAUUGCACAAGAUAGAUCUUUAAGAAAAAGGAAAAGGAUUAGUAGUGAUCCUAUGACUCGAAAGAUCAGAAAGAUUAGAAAAAAUUUUGAUGGCAAUAUUACUUUUGUUGAUGAGGAAAAUAAAGAAUUCCUAGAAGCAGAAAAGUUUCCUGAAAAAUUGCCUUCUGAGAAGGUACUACAAAAUAGUUUAUCAUCAAAUAUAGAAUUAACAAUAAAAAAUAAGUCAGCAACAGAUAAUAGUAGUAAAGAUAAAGAAAGUAACUCUGAAACUCAAGGAACCGAUACUCUUGAAGGAUUAGAUGAUCUUUUUGACGAAGAAUGGACUUAUAAGAAGGAUACGCUUGAGGAAUUGAAUGGGUUUUUUGAAGAAGAGUUUUCUUAUAAAGAAACUGUUGUAGAUUUUACUAUUCCAAAGAGAUGUAUUAUUAUUGAUAUCAUUUGGGAAAAAACUGAUAUCACUUUGACUGUCAAAGAAGAAUAUAAUGAAGCAUCAACUAUUGUCAAGUGUUUUGGGAUAUGGCGAUACACAAAAAUUGAACCUGGAGAAUUUAUUGUCGUAAUGGCUAAAAAGGAAACACCAGAUUCAACGUACUGGAUAGUUGACAAUAACUUUGGAUAUAUCAUUAAUCAGCCUGACAUACUUAUCUCUGGUACAUCAGUAGUCAAUUCAUUGUUUUGCAGUAGACAGAGUCUUUUACAAGAGAAAUUCAGACAGAUUGAGAAUUUGCCAUACAACAAUAUUAACAAUAGUUAUAUGCUUGUUGGAAGCUUAUCUCAUGAACUUUUGCAAACAGUCUUAGAGAGAGGUAUUACAGAAAUUAAAGGAAUCACAGAAAUUCUAGAUAAUCUUCUCAAGUCAAAACAUGCCAUUAUGAUGAUGUACAGUGGUGGAGUUUCCAUGCCUGAUUGCAAAAAUCUCAUGCGUCCUGCUGUUGUUCAAAUUUACAAAUUCAUACAACGUUACAUCAAAGGUGUUGUACCGGAUUUAAAGGAUGACAAUUACGCUGGUAAAAUUGAAAAAAUCUGUGAUAUUGAAGAAAAUGUUUGGAUUCCAGAACUGGGAAUAAAGGGAAAAAUUGAUUUGACUGUUGAAGUUAUUAAUCAAAUAAAAACUAAAUCAUGUCCUACAAUAGAACGUAGGGUACUACCUCUUGAGUUGAAAACCGGUAAAGCUUCGUUUUCAAGUGAACAUCACGGUCAAUUAAUCCUCUACAUAAUGAUGAUGAAAAAUACUGGUCGUAACACAGAUUCUGGACUUUUAUUGUAUCUAAGGGAAAACAUCAUGAAAGAAAUAAAAGGCAGUAUCCAUGCCCAAAGAGACUUGAUUGCACUUAGAAACUCUGUAGCUUAUUAUUCAACGCGCCAACCAGUCGUAGUUAAAAUUAAAGAGGAAGAGACUGUUAUGCCAAUGGAAUUUCCAAAACCCAUCAAUCGUCGUUCAUGUUCUACGUGCCCAUACAAUACUUUAUGCUGCACAUAUCUUUCUGAUGAAGAUAAAAAAGAAUUGCAUGAAGGCCAUCAUCUUAAAGAGCUUUAUAAUAAUAUCACAGGGCAUUUGAAACCUGAACAUAGAGAAUAUGUGAUGAAAUGGGUUUCACUUUUACAACUAGAAGAGACUGCAGAGCGCCAAGACCAAGUUUCUUGGAGAGAUAUCUGGACUUUGAAACCUUCAAAGAGAGAGAAAAGAGGUUCCUGUAUUAGUCACUUAAAUUUAGUAGCAGUUCUGGAAAAAUCUAAUCGAUUUUAUCAUGAAUUUCAAAGAUCAAAAGAAUCCGAUUUGAAGGUACCUAAAGAAAUCAAUGCAGUAGAUUUUGCUGAAGAUGAAUAUGUAAUUGUUAGUACAAGCAACAGGAUCAAUAUCAUUGCAGGAUAUAUUGACAUUAUUACUUCAACCUCUGUUUUUGUACACUGUGAUAAGAAUAUAAAAAAAGUUUAUAAUGACACUAUUUUUCAUAUUGAUAAAAGUUCAUACUCUAACUUUCUGAUGCAUAAUAUGUCACAACUUGGCGGUCUUUUAGACAAUUACGAGAUCUGUAGUAACUUACGUAAAAUUGUUAUUGAAAAGCAACCAGCUACAUUCACAUCAGAAUUACCACCUUCAACUGGAAAAAUUGCUGGCGAAAUUAUUGGCAAAUUGAACAAAGACCAAAGAAAGUCUGUGUUGAAGACACUAACAACAGACAAUUACAUAUUAAUAAAAGGCUUUCCUGGAACCGGAAAAACUCAAACUCUUGUUGCCAUGAUUGAAUUAUUUGUAAAACUAGAUAAAUCAGUAUUGGUUACUGCUCACACAAAUAUAGCUUUAGACAAUAUCUUGCUGAAAUUGCUGGAUCGAAAAGUUGACUUCAUAAGACUUGGAUCAAGUAUAAGAGCACAUCCUGCAUUAGUUAAAAUGGUAGAUGAUGUUCUGACAGCAGAUUGUCAAUCACCUGAAGCUUUGCACACUCUUUAUAGCAGCAAAAAAGUUGUCGGUGUGACUUGUUAUGGAGCGACACAUCCACAUCUUGCAAAACGGAAAUUUGACUUUUGUAUAGUUGAUGAAAGUACACAAGUUCUUCAGCCUACUAUUUUGAGACCUCUUUAUUGUGCAGAUAAGUUUGUACUUGUAGGAGAUCCAGAACAAUUACCUCCCAUUGCAAAAAGCAACAUUGCAAGAAAACUGGGCAUAAAUGAAUCAUUGUUUUUGAGAUUGGAUUGCGAAAACAAUACCAUUGCUUUAACUUUGCAGUACAGAAUGAACAGUUGCAUUAUGAAUGUAGCAAAUAAAUUGACUUACCAUGAUCAAUUGCAAGUUGGUAAUGAAGAAAUUGAAAAAGCAAUUCUUCCCAUAUCUAAUGUGACAAAUUUGGAAAAUUGUGAAAAAUGGAUUAGAAAAUCACUUUCAUUGAGACUGAAAAAUUCGGUAAUAUUACUGAACACCUCCCCUACAUAUCAUCGAUCUCUUGACCCAUCUUUACAGAUAAUAAAAGGAAAUUCCAAUUAUUGGGAAGCAGCUGUUAUUGUUAAAUUGAUUAAAGUUAUUAAAAGUUUAGGAAUUGAAGCCAGAGACAUUGGUGUGAUUGCACCUUACAGAGCUCAAGUACGCUUAUUACGCUCAAUACUUUCUAGCGAUAUUGAAAUAAAUACAGUCGAUCAGUAUCAAGGUCGCGAUAAGAGUAUCAUCAUUUAUAGUUGCACCAAAAGUAUUCCAAAAGAUACUAAUGUACAGGAGUUUGAUAUUUUGGAAGAUCAACAGCGUCUUACUGUGGCUGUGACUCGCGCUAAACAUAAAUUAAUUAUUGUAGGUGAUCUUUGCACGUUAGAACGAUUCAAACCAUUUAGCAAGUUAAUAGCAGUAUUAAAGAGUGAAAAUCAAAUUUAUGACUUGAAAGAGGGUGAAGACGAUUUUUAUUUUGAUGACUUGAUUCAAUUAUUACUUUGAAAUUUUAAUGAUUAUUGUAUUAUUAGAUUUUUUAUAUGAUAAUUUUGUGAUACCAAAUGAAAGUAAUUAAUGUGCUUAUUUUCAAUUCUGCAACAAAAAAUUUGUUUGACUAGUAUUUAUUUGUAAUUUUUUUUAAUAGAAAAAUGUUCAAAACAAAUGUGUUGUUUGUUUUCUGCAAAACUUUAUUGUAACGACUUUUUAAAAGUACAAUAUUGUUAUAUAUUUUCAUACUUAGAUCAAAUUUACUUUAUGCUUCUCAACAUUAGAAAAGUCUCAGCAAUCAAUUCACACAAAAGAAAAGCUUAAGCUGGGUUAUCAAGCUUUAAUGCAAAAAAAUGCAAAAUUUUUCAUCUUCCAACUCAAGAUUUAAGCCACCAGUCGUAUAUCAUUCAAAAAAUCAUUGAGGGCUACUUGCUUGAGACAUUGGAGAGUUUAAAUAAUAAACAUAAAACACAUAAAUAACUCAAUAAAGUAUUAAAAAUGCACUUCUGCAUGAAAAAAGUGCAUUUUUUGCUACAAUAA